AUGAAGAAAAAAUGGAAGAAUGCUUUAAGAAUAGGCAAGCCAAUUUCAUCAUCAAUGAGAGUUUGUUCUCAUCAUUUUCAAGCUUCAGACUUUUUUCCAAACACGAAGUUUAAUAUUGGAAUAACUCCUUCUGGCCUUAUAACUGAAAUAAGUGCAUCUUAUGGUGGUCGAGCAUCAAAUAAACAUAUUGUAAAUGAAUCAGGAAUCUUAAAUAAAUGCGAGUUUAAUGAUGGAGUGAUGGUGGAUAAAGGAUACAGGAUUGAAUCCGAAUGUAAUGAACGUCUGCUUCAGCUUGUCAGGCCUCCUUUCUUGAGUCAGAAAAAGCAGAUGACCAAAGAAGAUGCAAUCCGCACUGCAGAGAUUGCACGGGCAAGAGUGCAUGUUGAGAGAGUGAUACAGAGAUUACGACAAUAUAAACUUCUAUGUGGACCAUUACCAUGGUCACUGGCGCCUUAUUUUGAUGAUAUAUUAAUUAUUAUUGGUGGUCUUACAAAUUUGGGUCCACCAAUUAUUCACAUUGAUAAAUUUAUGUAG